AUGAUUGUUCAAGAGGAAAGUCAGAGGAUAAGUGCUGGUUCUACUACACAGAAUGGAAUUUUAGGAGGUGCACAUGUAGGGAUGGAGAGUAGUGCACUGGUGACUGCAAAUGCUUCUAACAUGAGACCUAGGAGGAACAACGUAUUGUUAUGUGAUUACUGCAAAAUGAAAGGACAUACAAGAGAUACUUGCUACAAACUCAAUGGAUAUCCACCAAGUUUUAAGUUCAAUAACAGUAAGAGGAGAGGAAGACAUGACAACAGUGGACCUAUGGCUCAUAAUGUGAAUACAGGUGAUGAGAUUCAAAAUGCAGGAAAUGCAUAUGCUUUGCAGAAUAUCCCAAUUGUUCCAACUGUACAGGGGUUUACUCCAGAACAAUAUCAGCAAAUUCUCAAACUACUGAGUAAGGAACCUGAGCCAACAGAAGUUGCCAACAUGGCAGGGAAAUCACUAACUGAACAUAGAUGUUGGAUUAUUGAUUCUGGUGCCUCAAAUCAUAUGGUAUCAUCCUUGAAUCUCUUGUCAAGCAUAAUCCAAAUACCUGAACCUAAAACAUCUUCAGACCAUCUGCCAAAUGGUAAUAGCACCAAAAUUACUCACACUGGUUCCUGCAACUUGUUUAACUCAGAAACCAUCCAUAAUGUUCUCUAUGUACCUGAAGUCAAAUAUAACUUGUUGUCUAUAUCCAAAUACACUAAAGAGCUAAAUAGUGUUGUCCACUUUUAUCUUGAUUUUUGCAUCUUUCAAGACCUCUCCAGUGGCAUGGUGAAGGGGAUUAGUAGACUCAAAGGAGAUCUCUACAUCUUCAAUCCUUCAGCACCUACUACUGCCUCUUCUUCCUCCAAGUGUAUGACAGUUUCACAUCAACCAAGUCCAAGUUUUCUGUGGCAUCAAAGACUGGGCCAUGCCCCUAUGACAGUCUUACAAACUAUUACUGAGAUAAAUAAAUACCUGUCUAACAGCCCGCUUCCUAGUUCUGUUCUACAAGGAAAAUCUCCUUAUGAGAUGUUCCAUGGUAAACCUCCUUCUUUUGAUCGUCUUUGUUAUGCCACAAAGACUGAUUUCCAUGAUAAAUUCAAUCCUAAGUCUACACCUGGGGUCUUCAUGGGAUAUGCACCAACACAAAAGGGAUAUAAAGUGUAUGAUAUUGCUGCUAAUAAAUUUAUGGUUAGUAGGGAUGUUGUCUUUAAGGAAGGAAUAUUUCCCUUCAAAUAUCCUAAACACAGGUGGAUCAAGGCUAUGAAACUUGAGAUUGAGGCAUUAGAACAAAACAUCACUUGGGAGGUAGUGACUCCGCCUCCUGGCAAAGUCCCUAUAGGAUGUAAAUGGGUAUACAAAAUUAAAUACAAUGCUGAUGGCACUGUGGAGAGGAUUAAGGCAAGACUAGUGGCAAAGGGGUAUACUCAACAGGAAGGGAUUGACUUUCAUGAUACCUUCUCUCCUGUAGCUAAGAUGACUACAGUCGGAGCUGUUAAUGCAGUUGUUGCACUUAGACAUUAA